AUGUGAAUGAAUAUGUAUUCUUCCAGAGGAGGCAGCGGAUACGGGCAGUCUUAUGCGGGUCAAUCCGCAUAUGGCCAGAAUCUGGGUUCUGGUUAUUCUGGUGGUACUGUUGGAGGACCUGAUGUGGGUCAACAUUCUGUGGCUUCUCGACAUUCUGCUAUAUUAGGAACUUCUCAGGAAGUUGAUGUUAGUGGUUAUCGGGCUCAUUCUUCCACUGCUGGCCAAUAUGGGGGGCAGUAUAGUUCUGUUUAUGGCUCAGCUGCUUUGAGCAGUGCACAGCAGGUUCCUUCAUUAAGUGCCAAGGGAGCAGGGCCAUCGGCUUUGGAAGGUCGUGGGGGUUAUGCUGUGAGUGUUUCUGAUUCACCUAAGUUUGCUUCUGGUGACUAUCUCUCAUCUUCAAGCCAUGGAUAUGGUCACAAAUCAGAUCAAUUGUACGGAGAUAAGGUUUUGGAUUAUUCUGGAAUAGAGAGGCGACAAUAUGGUGAGCGGCAGAGUGCUUACUUGAGUAGAGACUUGCAGAAUGAUCCAGCUAGUCGAUAUGCUACUGAUCCUGUAGGUUUUAGUCAUCAACAUCAGCAACCAGAAAUAUAUGAUCGCCUUGAUCAGACAACUUUGCUUCGACAAGAGCAAUUGCUGAAAGCUCAGUCUCUGCAGUCUGCCUCACUUGACGGGAGUACCAGACAAUCUGAUUAUCUUGCAGUAAGGGCUGCUGCUAGUCGUCAUUCUACCCAAGAUCUUCUGUCUUAUGGAGGAAGGAUAGAUGCUGACCCCCGUGGUUCAUCAAUGCUAAGCGCUGCUUCAUAUGGUGGUCAACAUGUGCCAUCCAUAUUAGGGGCUGCUCCAAGGAGAAGUGUCGACGAUCUCUUAUAUUCCCAAAGUGCUUCAAAUCCUGGUUAUGGAGUGAGCUUGCCACCUGGAAGGGACUAUGCUAGUGGGAAAGGACUUCAUGGGAGUGCUAUGGAGUCAGAUUAUUCUGGAAGUGUGCUGUCACGUUCGGUGCACAAGGACCACAAGGAUGAUCGAGCUAGCUAUCUUCGAGAAUUUGAGCUCAGGGAAGAAGAGCGUCGUCGGGAGCGUUUGCGAGAGAGAGAGAGGGAAAGAGAAAGGGAGAAGGAACGAGAACGAGUUCGAGAACGUGAACGAGAAAGAGAGCGUGAAAGGGAGCGCAUUUUGGAGCGGCGGGAGAAGGAGAGGGAGCGAGAACGCAAACGUGCACUUGAAAUUAGGCGUGAACGAAGCCCUUUGAGGUCCUCAAAGGAUCCUCGUGCUACUUCGAAAGGUCCUAGUGGUACUUCAAAAGAUCCACGUGGUUCCUCUUUGACAAAGGAGGCUAGAUCUUCACGUUGGGACUCCCCACAUCAUGAUAUUUCUCAUAGGCACCAUUCACCUGUUAAGGAAAAAAGGAGAGAAUAUGUCUGCAAGGUUUACUCAUCUAGUUUGGUAGAUACAGAGAGGGACUACCUCUCAUUAGAUAAGCGAUACCCACGACUCUUUGUCUCCCCUGAGUUUUCCAAGGCUGUUGUAAACUGGCCAAACAGUGAUAUUAAACUGUCCAUCCAUACUCCUGUGAGUUUUGAGCACGAUUUUGUUGAAGAAGAAUGUCCUGCUGAACCUAAAGAUCCAUCAUCCAUGAAGCUUUUCACAACAUUGCCUACGGGUGUGGAACGAGAUACAGUUUGGAAUGCCAAAAUAAUUUUGUUGAGUGGACUUAGCAGGAGUGCUCUGGAGGAUCUGUCAUCUGAUAAAUGUUUUGAUGAUCGCAUCCCUCAUAUUUGCAAUAUCCUUAGGUUUGCCGUCCUUAAGAAGGACCAUUCUUUCAUGGCAGUUGGUGGGCCAUGGGAAUCAGCAGAUGGGGGUGAUCCAUCAGUUGAUGAUAAGUCAUUGAUCAGAACAGCCCUUAGGCAUGCCAAAGAUAUUAUUCAACUAGAUUUGCAAAAUUGUAAGCGAUGGAAUCGUUUCCUCGAGAUACACUAUGAUAGAGUAGGCAAAGAUGGUUUGUUUAGCCACAGGGAGAUCACUGUAUUAUUUGUUCCUGAUUUGUCUGACUGCCUGCCUUCUCUGGAUGCGUGGCAUAACCAGUGGCUUGCUCAUAAGAAGGUCGUUGCUGAGAGAGAGCAUCAACUUUCUUUAAGACGAGAGAAGUCAAGAGAUAGCAAGGAACCAUCCAAAGAAAAAUCAGACAAGAAGAAAGAAUCAGCAGCAUCUGGACCGCCUGGUGAUGUCAAAAAGGAGAAAAGCAGCAAAAAUGUUAAGAAAGAAGCAACUAACAAUAAACCUGUUCAAGAUGAUCAGCCUAACGUUGGGGAGGCUAAGAAUGUUGAGAAAAAGGAGCAAGAAGAAACAGCCACUGCCAAGACAACUGGUGGUGUGAAGUCUGUAAAGAAGAAGGUCAUAAAGAAGGUUGUAAAGCAGAAAGUUGCCAAUAAGAUUAAUGAUGCUGCCACCAAACAACUAGACAAAGUGAAUGAGAAGGAUAAUGCUGACAAAAAGACUUCAGAUGUUCCUGUUGUGGAUAACAAAUCUUCCAAUGGUGGGGAUAAGAGUUGUGAUAAUGCUUCUGCUAAAUUGGCUACUACAGAGGGUAUUUCAGUGGGGAAAGGAGAUGCUGAUGAGAUGAAAGAUAAGAAAGAAAUAAAUGGCUCUGAAGAUAAACCCCAAGACAAGCCUGAUCCCCAAGCUAAUGCAGUGAAUGAUUCUUGUGUGAAAACCACAAAGAAGAAGAAAAUCAUCAAACGGGUACCUAAAAAGAAAGUGGUUGCUGGGGCAUCCAAGUCAGAGGCUGCCGACUCUAAAGAUGAAGGGAAUACAGCGUCUGCUCAGGCACAAACUGACGCACAAAGCAAACAAACUGAAAAGACAGUUCCUAAAGUAAAGUCAAAGACUGCAACCCCUGGUAAGCAAGAUAAGGUGGCUGAUUCAAAUAAAUCGGAAACAAAGUCUGACUUGGAUGACAAAAAGGUUGAAAAAGGGGCUGGUGAAAAAAGUGGGACUGGGAUUGAUAAGCAGAAAGCCUCUGAGGAGGAUAAUCAUAAUGGGAAGGGUAAAUUGAAAGAUGGUGAUAAAUUAAAAGAGGUGAAAGCAACGAAAGAGAGAGAUGGGAAAGAUGAAUCUAAAAGCAAAUCUGCUAAAGAAGUUAAAGAUAAGAGGAAGUCUGAUGAACCUCCUCGACACCCUGGAUUCAUUCUCCAGACUAAAGGAUCAAAAGAAUCCAAGCUGCGUUCAUUGUCACUUUCAUUGGAUUCUCUGUUGGAUUAUACUGACAAAGACAUCGAAGAAUCAACAUUUGAGGUUUCGUUAUUUGCAGAAUCAAUGUAUGAAAUGCUUCAGUAUCAAAUGGGUUGUCGAAUUUUGACCUUUCUUCAGAAACUGCGCAUAAAAUUUCUGAUGAAAAGAAACCAGCGAAAGAGGCAGCGAGAAGAUGACCAUGAGAAGGAAAAUGUAAAAAAUUUGCCUGUAAAGCGACCAAAGGGUGAUGAUCUUUCUGAGAAAACUGAGCCCUCUGAUGUUGACAAAAACACCACAGCAGCAGAUGAUGAGAAAAGUUCAAAAAAUGAUGACUCUGAUGUUAAGGAAGAUGACUUGAAGAUGGAUGAUGUAGAGGAGGAGGAGGAGGAGGAGGAGGAGGAAGAUCCAGAGGAGGAUCCUGAAGAAUAUGAAGAAAUAGAAAAUGGAAGUCCGCAGCACAAUUCAUCUAAUGAGGAAAAUGCAGAGCAAAAGGCCAGCUCAAAUGCUGAACCUGAUGAUAAAGAAGCAGAUGAAACUUCUAAAGGGGAAGAUAAGGUUAAAGAAGAGAGAGAAGAAUCCAAGUCUGAUGCUCAUUCAAUUGAAGAAAGGGAAGAUAAAGUGGAUAAAAGUAAGGCAGAAACCCCUGCUGAUAAGGAGGCUGCUGUAGACAAAGAACUGUUGCAGGCUUUCAAUUUUUUUGAUCGGAAUCGGAUUGGAUACAUUAGGGUUGAAGAUAUGAGACUGAUUAUCCACAACCUUGGGAAAUUUCUAUCUCACAGGGAUGUCAAGGAACUUGUACAAAGUGCAUUGUUGGAGAGCAACACUGGGAGAGACGAUCGCAUACUUUAUAAGAAGCUGGUUCGAAUGGUUGAUAUUUGAGAUGUGGUGCCCCUUAGUCUCCAAAUUUGUGGUCUUUGAAUCAUAUAAACUUCCUCUCUUACUGGUUGGUUGGGGAGGGGAUGCCUCCUGUAAUCAGAAUGUUGUACAGGAUGUCAAUUAUGUGCAGAGGUGGUUCCUGUUUGUUUGUGACUUUCUGAGGGGAGAAACAUGUCUUGACAUAUUAUAAAUUAUUGAGACAAAUCUCAUAUGCUGGACUAUAUUUUUGUAUGCGUUAUUUUUUGAUAAAAAAUAAUUAUUAAAAUUUAA